CACAUUAAUUUACUUUCUGUCUCUAUAGAUUUGCCCGUUUGGGACAUUUCAUAUAUGUUUGUGUUUUAAGGGCACUGAUAGGCCAGAGGUUCAAGGCCCCGUUCCAGCCUGCAGACAGGUUUGUUUAGCCAUCAGAGUGCUUUUUAAUUUUUUAGGUUAGUUUUGAACACUUUUGAAUUGAGAGAGUUUGUGUAAAUAUAUGGAUCACGAUUUUUCUCGAACAAAACAGAUUUGGCACAUUCACACCCGGAACAGUCCACUAGAGCCAAGUCGCAGCCGCCGCCUUUCAGAUGGGGCAAGGGGGCUCCUGUUUGCCACAGUCCCUACCGCUCCCUGCUGUCCCCUCGUCCUGGGGCCAAGUGUCAGCUACUAUUAUCUUGUUGGUGCUGCUGUGUUUCUUAGAGAAAAGUAAAAGGUCUCUUAUCAAAAGCGAGAAACUGAAAAUAGGCAGUGUGCAGAAAACAUGUUCUUAAGUGUGGUCCACUUUCCCACGUUUGUUUUCUGCCUGGUUUCUGUGUCCCUUUGAGUUUGGAGACCCCAGUCAAGUCUCAGUCACACUCAUCUCUCUUAUGGGUAUAGCAUCUUGCCGAGAGUAACUGAGAGAGAAAUUGCUCAGUUGACCCUCAGCUUUCAUCUCGAGACAGAGUCUGAGGAUUGUUUUGCCCCAGUGUUCAGUGGGGAAACUGAGGCACAGAGCUGGACAGAGAUGUGGGGAGGGCCUCACGGCCAUCGUGGUUGCGGUUCUCAUGCAGCAGCUCAUUUUUCGUUCCUUCUUCUCUCCCUCCUUCCUCUCCUUCCUGCGAUGAAUAUUCACUGGGCAUUGUGCUGGUUACCAAUUGCCAGGUAACAGACUUCCCCAAACCGCAGUGGCUGGAAGCGCCGUUUCAUGGUGCGUUUUAUGGUGCGUGAUUUUGCAGGCUGGCGGGACAAGUUGCUCCCCUGUUGGCUGGGUGCACUCAUGGGGCCCGCACUCAGCUGGAGGUGUGGCCUCACUCUUGUGCUGGGCAGUUGGUGCCGGUGGCUGGGGCAUCUCAGUCUCCCUCCAUGUGGCCUCCCCAGCAGAGUCCCCUGGACUGCGUCACAUGGCCGCUGUCAUCCAAGAGGGCGAGUCGGGUUCUGCAAAGUCUUUUCUGGCCCAGACCCAGAAGUCGCAGAGCAUCGCUUCUACCAUAUUCUGCUGGUCAAAGGAAGUCAAGGCCUGGCCAGAUACAGGGGCGAGAGGAAUGGGUCCCGCUUCUUUGUGGGCAAAAGUGCCAAAGACAUCAACACGAAGGUCUGCAGGAUAGGAGGGAGCUGGAAACACAAGCACCUACUAUGUGCCGGGCAUUGUUCUAGGCCUUGGGAAUACGUAGACAUCACCAUGACCUAGUUCUAGAACAUUUCCAUCACUCAAAGAAGAAAACCCCAUAACCAUUAGCAGUCACUCCCUGUUCCCUGCUCCUCCCAUCCCGUGAGGAGUGACAACCACCAGUCUACUUCCUGUCUCUGUGGAUUUGCCUCUUCUGGACGUUCACGGCAAAGGAAUCGUGUAAACGUGGCUUUUGUGUCUGGCUUCUUCCACUCGGGACGUUUUCAAGUUUCAUCCACGUCGCAAAAGGUAUCAUCGGGGUGUCGCUCCUUUUUAUUGCCAAAUAAAUGUUUCAUUGUAUGGGUGGACCACAUUUUUGUUUGUGCAUUUAUCGGUUGAAGGACGUCGACUCGUUUGAACUUUUUGGCUACUGCGAAUAAUGUACAAGUUUCUGUAAGAACAUAUGCUUUCCACUCUUUUGGACAGAUCGCCGGGUCAGAGGGUAACUCUGCAUUUAACCUUUUGAAGAACUGCCAAGCUGGUUUCCACGGCGACUGCACAAUUUCGCAUCCCCACCAGCACCGCUCGAGGGUUCCAGUUGCUCCAUGUCCUUGCCAACACUUGUCACUUUCCAUUUUUUGUGCGUGCUUGUAGACAUCCUAAUGGCUGCACAGAGCUGUAGUGGAAGAUUUUGAGCCGAGGAGGGCUUUGGUUUCCUUUGAACAGGAUCUUUCAGAGAGUGGAUUGAAUGGGAGCAAAGGAGGCCGUGGGGGACCAGUGGCCACUUGGUGGGCAGGGGCCGGCCCCUUUUCGUUUCUUCGCCGUGCCCAGCGGGGACGCUCGGAUCGGCACUUUGGGAGAAGGGAGGACGCGGAAGAAGAAAGUGAGAACCACAGUUCAUGCGAAGGAGGUGGAGGAGACCAUUGAGGGGCUGCUCCUCCGGCUAGAAGAGUUUUGCAGCUUGACUGACAUGCUAAGAAACCAACACGGCACGUUGCUGCUCACUGAACCCCACCAGCUUCCCGCGGGCGUCUUCAUCCUGCGACCCCGUCUACGAUCCCACCCUGCAUCCAGCGGCCGUGUCUCCUGCAGCCUGCGACACUUUCCCUGCUUUCGGCAGUUGGAAGGAGUAUUUGUCAGGUGGUUUGUAGAGGGCCCUUCGCUCUUGGUCUGCCUGAUGGUCAUUGCGUGUGCAUCACACGGGGGGCUCUGGCCGUCUGGAGAGAAGGCCAUGGGGGCGAGGUGCCUUCUCAUCACAGCUUAUCAAGGGGCACGUGACACCCAUGGGACAUCACUGGGGUGUCAGCCCUGGUCAGCCUUCUGCACAGUGACAUAACGAGCCCCCGGCCCCCCGACCGCCCCAUAGCCUAUUCAGUCAUUCCUUCUUAUGAGACUUGCGUGUAUUUAUUUUAUACUUUGGGUUAUAAUCCAAUAUUACGCUAUUUAUUUUGCUGUUCAGAUUGUUCUAGCUUUGGCCCAUCCUUUAUUAUUUUUUUUAACAUUUCCUUACCAGCUGGCACUACAGGGUGCUCCGGGGUCUUCUGUCUCCCCUACCUCAGCCCUGGAAUCGGCCGUUUCUCCUAGGAACCCCAUUCAAAUUUUAAAGUUGGAAAUUCAGUUAAAUUUAAAAACUGAAACACUUGGUGAGUCAGAUCAGGUACAUCCGUGAGCCACGUCCAGCCACAGAUGAUCUCGUUCAGUCCCCAGAGCAUUAUUUCCAGAGAAGCACUGGUGUGAUCCCCAUUUUACAGAUGAGGACACUGAGGCCCAGGGAGGUCAGGGCAGAGACUGAGGCCCGGCAGCCUGAGCAACCUCGUCCUGGGGCCGAGCUUCGACCUCAUGGGGUCAGGGCAGGGGGAAGGAAUGUACUUCAGGACAGUGGGCUUGGGGUCAGGCGCCCGGAGAGAUGGCAGUGCCAUGACCAGAGGAGGGGAACCGGGAGAGGAGUAUGGUUUCAGACAUGCAGGACCAUGGGCCGGCUUCCAAGAAACCCAGGGCGAGCGAGCAGGUGGCGUCCUGAAGGGUGGUGGGAGCGGAAUCCCAUGAGAACCACAAGACGCGUCCUGUACUUAGGCAGAAAGAGGAAGAAACACAGGUAGUUUUCAAAACCAUUUUUAAAAUGAAAAUUUUGUGCUGAGUUGUCACCUGUGUUAGUUACCUGUUGCUGCAUAACCAAUCAUCCCAAACUCAGUUACCUUUCUUAUUUAAUAGUGUCUGUGGGUCAGGAAUCUAGGGGCAGCCUGGCUGGGGCCUGUGGUCCCGGGUCUCUCCCAGGCUGCUGUUGAGGCAUUGGCCAAGGCCAUGGUCAUCUCAGGGCUCAAGUCAGGGCUGGAUCGCAUCCAGGGAACGUCAUGAGUUCUGGGUGGGAUUCACUUUCUUGUGGGUCAUUGCACUGAGGGACUCAGUUCCUCACUGGCUAUUGGCUGGAGGCCACCCCAGUUCCCGGCCAUAUAGCAACUUGCUUCACCAAAGCUAGUGACUGAGAGGGAAAGUUGGGGGGGUGGGGGGCGGGUGAUGAGCCAGCAAGAGAGGAGACUGCCAGCGAGAUGGAGUGACAGUCUCUGUAACCUCGUCUCAGGAGUGACAUCUCUUAUUUUGGCUGACUCCUCUUCAUCAGAAGCAAGUCCCCAGGGCCAGCCCACAGGCUAGGGGAGAGGUCACACCAGGGCGUGGAUUCCAGCAGGUGGGGAUGACUGAGGGCUAUGUCAGGAGCUACCUGCACGCCCCAUGUCAGACACUCUGCUGAAUGUUCCGUCU